CGCAACGCAACGCGAGACGACACUCAAGCACGGGCUUUUGCAGCUCUGGUGUUAUUCCUUCUAGUCGUCACGAUGCAAACACAACCACCGCAAACACCACGACGCACGACAAUAGCCAACGCAAACGCGUCGACAACAACUUGGACGGCAUGGCUCCCGUCGGAUGCAUCCCCGCCGCCGGACUCGGCUGCAAGAAGAGCAACAAGAAGCGCCUCUACGUGGCCCUGUACCCCAGUGGCGUCGUUGGCAAUGAAGAGCGUCGUUACCACUGGGCCCUGAUCCUCUCGCCCAAGAUUGAGGAAAAGGAUGGCCAUCCCGCCGAAGGCACGCGCUUCCACGUCAAGAAUCCUCCCGGCUCGGGCUGGAUCUACGAGGAGCAGCCGCUCCCCGACGCGCGCUCCUCGGCCAACCUGCUUGUGCGCGUGCUCAUCGCCAAGGUCGAGAAUGAGGGCCGCCUUCGCACCCUCAUCCGCUCCACCACGCUCACCGGCAUCGCGUCCUCGGCGUCGCCUCCUCCCGCCCCUGGCAGCGUCGUUCACCACAGCUACAUGCCGGGCAGCACCGGCAGCAGCGCCCGCGUCAGCGCUAACGCGAACGCCAACUCCAGCUCCGACGGCUUCCGCUGCCGCACCUGGGUCGCCGACGUCUUCGAGCGCCUGCACGCCGACUCGCGCGAGCAGCUCGAGGUCAACGGCCGCGCUGGCGCGCUGCUCUCCAUCGGCACCGCCGUCACCGACUGGCGUGACGUCGAGGACAUGGCGCGCCUGUACGCCGCCCGCAAGGCCGCCGAGGGACGCUUCGAGAGCGUCGAGCUCGCCACUCAGCCCAAGCCCACCUGGGACAUGCUCAAGGACAUGGAGGUCAUUGCCUAG